AUGGACGACCCGUUCCAAGACCUCCUCCGCAACCCUCCCCCCGCCUUCGACCAUGAUACCGCACCCCCUUACCUGUACAAACCGCAAACCCUCCCCAUCCUUCCCGCUCCUGCCUCUGCAACACGCACAGCAGCCCCAGAAACACCAGGCGCAUCAAACGAUGACCUCCCACCAACCUACACCCCCCUCGACGACGCCGCGACAACCUUUGCCCUGCACGCGCCGCUGAUCUACACCAUCUCCUCCUCCUCGCACACCCCGCGUUACCAGCUCUCGGUGCUCACCACCAAGUCUGGGAAGCCGUACCAGUUGCGCAUCCGAAGGCUGCUCGCGACAGAGAGUCGGCGCCUGUCGCUCGCAAGGAGCUACAGCGCGCCGGGGUAUGUUGAGUCGGCUGCCCAUGUUUCACCGGUCCCACCAGCCUCGAGGGGCUCGCCGGUCUCGCCAGGCCCCAGCCGCGGCAGCAUAGCCAGCAUAAGCGGCCGUCGCGACAGCGCCGUCGCAUACGACAACGAAGGCACCCUCUACGAAGCCAAAAACGUCUCCGCGCUUGGCGGCUGGGCCGGCACCAGCGUAGCCGCCGGGAUCGAGAUCCGUGGGUGUCGCGCCUCCACUCUCCCGGGCCUCAUACGGCUCGAAAAGGGCUCCUCGCUCACGGCAGGGAAAUGGUGGAAGUUUUGGCACCUGACGCGGAAUAAAGCGAAUGAUAGCCUGCGAGAAGAGAAUGAGCGGAAGAUGCAGAAGUAUGGGUACCAUGCCGACGAGGAAUGGAACCGGGAGCUGCUGUAUAGGGCGAAGGCGGGGAAGGGGGAGGUGGAGUGGGCGGGGGGAAAUGGGAGGGUGGUGGCGGUGGAGUGUGGGGAGGCGUUUAGGAUCUUGGGACAGUUGGAUGGCGGGAUGCGGGAUUUGUUGGUUGCGUGUUGGGCGGCGAGAUGUUGGUCGUUGGGGGAGAUGAAGUGGGGAGGUGCUGGAUGA